AUGUUGUCCGAUAGUGAUGCUGCCACAGCCAGGAGGCGAUCCGUCUUCUACGUACCCUUGGACCCCAAGUCGAGGACUCCGCCCCCGAGGGCCCCCUCGAUCAAACGGUCCAGCGAGGAGAAGCCGAAACCCUUGAGACGGAGCUCCCCCAGGCCGAAGCCCCCGAACUCUCCGGCUGCCAGGGUACGUUCUCCCCUGCUCAAGGUAUCCGCUAAACUACUUUCUUCUUCGGCCCAGGCCCUCGAAGCCAUCAAACCUAGCCCUCCUAGCAGGCGGAGUCCUCUAGCUCUUGUUCGGAGGUCUUCUUCCAGAAAGCUGACGCGGAGUUCUUCUUCUCUGCUCAGCUGCAAGCCGGAGGAUAGUCCUCCGCUCAUCGUCAUCGAGCAGCUCCAAGACGACCAGGAGCAAGCCCUCCUCAGCUCUGCCGCCGACAAAGUCUUAGAGAGGAGGCAACUCAAGCUCGAUGAAGAUGAAGCUGUACACUCAGGUACGUCCGCUUGUAAAUAUACCUACUAUUUAAUUUAA